UUGCCACGGCCUCGCACUACUACCAAACAGCUGCUGACAGAAAUGUUUGAUGGUGUUGCAGCUCAGUUCCUUGCCAUCCUGGAAGCUCUGUCUGAUAGUAGCAGGGGUGUGUGUCACCCUGCUCCACCUGUUCCAGAUGAAAUUGAAAUUCGUGAAGUCAUUGCAGAGCUUUUUUUUGCAGGCCUGGAAAUCCUCUCAGGUGGAGUGACUGGUACUGGUGUUCAGGGAAAUAAUUUUGGUAUAAUUAACGCAUCAUCAACCCUUCUGCAGCUGAUACUAAGAGGUAAAUUAGCUCUGAAUUUUCGAAGGAUUCUGUACCUAGCUCAAGAUGAUCCAACAUGGAAGAAAGCUGAAAUGGAGCUCAAACUUCUUACACUGAUGCAAUCUUUACGAUUUCCAAGAAAAUUUAAGCAUGAUUUUUCUAUUAGUGAAAGUAAUACCAAAGAAGCCAAGAUGCCUGAUGGUUCUGAAAAUAAGCAAACAUUUACGAGAAAAAGAAGUGCCUCUCUCUUGCAAGAUGAAACCUGUGAUAUGCCUGAAAUACUGAUGAAAAGUUCUACAGAACAAUUACAAAUUGCUUAUGAAAUUCUUGAAAAAGCAAUUGAUGGAAUGAACACAUCUCACUUAAUGACCCUUCUACCAGAUGGAAAGUCAGUAUUUGACAUCUGCUGUACAAAGGGGGACUCAAAUGAUCAGAAUUUGAAUUCUGUUUUGGGAUGUGCUAAUGAUAACACAGGAACAGGUAGUAGUUUUGUAAUGGAUUUACACUUGGAGCUCCUUCAGGCUCAACAUCGAGUAGCUGUGAAACUUCUUAAAAUGGCACAAGAUGCCCAAAAGGAUGUUGGAAAUCGUAAGUCUAGCAAGUUUCAUGUGAAGGAUAUUAAAGAUUUCCAUUAUUUAACAGAGGAACUUGUAAUAGGAAAAAUAAAAAAGAAUAAGCUAUCCAGAGCAAUCUUUUUGAUGCAAAAGGCUGUACAGAAGUUCCCUAAAGAGUUAACCACUUCUUCCCAAAGGCAGCUACUGGAGAAAGCGCUAACUUUAAUUGAGCAAGUUGAAGCUGAACGAAGUGCCUUGUAUCACAGUCUCAAAGAAGCCAUGAGCAGCGAGAAAAAAAGCAAGACUCCUCCACCUCCUCUAUUACUUUCUAGAUCACAUUGCUCCAUGACAUUUAAACCAGCCCCGUUCUCUUCAGAUAUUCAGGUUUCAUGGUACAGUAUUUUUGGUUCUGUAGCAGGAGGAAGUAAUGCGAAAGUAAGGUUAAAUAAUGAUAAACUUCAAAAUGCAGGUGAACAGAUACCAGCUGAUGGGAAAAGCCUCUUGGAAAUACAAGGCUUAGAACCCAAUGAGAAAUACAUAUUUGCAGUUGCAGCAUAUUCUUCUGAUGGAAAACUUAUUGGUGAUGCCAUUGGGGAAAUGACUAUGCCAAUCCUGGCUUAUCAACCUCUUUCUGUUACUACUGUUCGAGCCUAUCUAACUCAGGUUGCCUAUCAGACGGGCAACUUCUCUUUAGCCAGAGAAGCAUUUUCACCAAUGUGGGAUUAUUUUGUUUCACAUUCUUCUCCACCGCCUGCCAAUGCAGCUGUUAUUUCUGCAAGUAGUAAUUUGACUGUAGCUGAAAACAGGUUACGUUUUGAAGCUGUAUCUCAGAGUUCUCUUAUUACCUUGAAACUCUUUCUAAGGAGUAUAUUUGUUUUUUGUGACAUUAAUGUAAUGGAAAGAGCACUCUUCUGUGAUUCCAUCUGUUCCCAUGAGAUACUUUAUAAGGAACAAGUUGCUAGAUUAGCAGAAUGUGAAAGAAUGACUGUGGCAAUUGAACUUAGCAGUUGGUUGAAUGAUGCAAGUUACACCCUACAGUCUGUUGUACAAUGUUAUGGUCUCCUUGCUCCAAUUAUUUAUCACAAGAUUUCUUCAGUGCCAGUAGUUCAGAUCCUCAUUAAGUGCUUGGCUGUCCUUCAAGAAAUUCCAAGUGCUACUUUGCAGAGGACACAGGCAGGAUGUUAUGAGAGCAUUCAGCAUAUGAUAGCUUGUACUUCAUUUUAUACAGCAAAGAUUAAGUUUAUGAUUCAGAUACCCAAUCUGCUUAGUGUGAUUAGGAGAAACAUGGCAACAGUAGGAUUUUUAUCUCAGGUACAGAGACAUACUAGAGUGAUAAAGUUCAGAAGCAAUCCACGUUUUCUUGAAUUCUUUGUUCAAGUUUUGCAUAAAAUCCUGAAUGAAGAGAAGUUUCAGUGUGUUCUGGAAUGGGCAGAAGAUGUGCAAGUUUACUUGAAAAGGAGGAAUGACCAACUUCUCUCUAUCAAUGGAAUUUCAAAACAAGGAAAAAGUUCUCCCAAAGGCACUAAAAAACCAGAGGCAUCGACUUUGAAGAAAUCAGGAAAAAAAGCUUUGAGUCCUACUCAAAAAGGAGAGACCCUUAGACAGUAUUUCAUGAAACAUCCAAGCAUAGAGAAAUCUCCAGAAGCACAAAGGAAAUGCAAGGAAGAGUUGCAAAAAGUAGCUCGUCACACCUUAGUGGUACUGCUGAAACCAAUUGUGAGUAAUUACAUAGAAAAAAGAAAGUUUCGUCACAUGUGUCUUGAAGAGAUGCCCUGGAGGUCUCAGAUGAAUAUCUAUGUGGCAGUUGCACACUACAGCUUAUUUAAAAAGAAUCUGGAAGAGCAAUAUAACAUUGGAAUUUGUGGUUCACAACAUCUGGACAGUUACAGUAUUUUGGAUCCUGAAAUAUUCUCAUUAAAUAAUUCUGGCACAGUAGUGGUGAGAGAAGCCAUAGAGAAUACCAUAACACCAACUCCUCCUGCAAUUAUAGAAUCAGGAAUGACCAAAGAACAAACUUGUAGAGAUAAAUCUUUUAAGCCCAGCAUUAAAAGAAGUGGAACAAAUACUCCUCAAACUCAAACAACAAAUGAUACAGAAACAUCUAUCUCUUAUUCCCCCAGAGAAUGCAACCAGUUCCUGACAAAUACCAUUUUAUUGGAGCAUUUUACAAAAAUCUUUUUGCAUUUAAAAAAAGCAGUGAUUGUGGAUCCUGAAGGAGACUUCUGCAUUCCCAGUUGUUUAGGAGGUAUUAUGGAUGAGAAUGGUGGUUCUAAUCUCCAUCCACAGUCUCCCCUGGAUGAUGUGAAUGUAGUUGACUUGAAAUGGAUAUGUAAUCUGAUUCUUAAAACAAUAGAAUUGUUAUAUAAAACAAAGAAGUGGGAAGCACUAGUACACAUAGCUGUACAAUUUAACAUAUUUACACAAGCUGCUUUUAAAUAUUGGUGUCAAGCCCUUGAUGAAACACUCAACAUUGCUGAUGCUCUUAGCAACUGGCAAGAGUUAUGUUUUCCAAAAAAUGCUACAGACUGCUUUGCAGUUGGCAGAUUGACUGAUAUUAGUCAGAAGUUUCUUUCUCAGGCUGGAAUUUGGGGAUGUUUACAUGCAGCAGUCAUAGUGGCUAAGAUAGCUCAGUAUAUAGCAACAUCAAAGAUAAGUUUAAGAACUAAAUACUGCUAUUUUUCUGCUAUACUUUUUAAGACCCUGUUUAGAGCUUCUCUUCCACAUCCAACGUCUGACUGUGACUUUGCACAAUAUGAAACAAAUAUGCUUAUUCCUGGUAUCGACUUGUUCUCCGAUCGCUACAGAGCUGAUAUCUCUACUGUGGUUGCAAGCCUGAAUUUCCUUAUGUUUGAACUAUAUUGUGCAAAACAAAAUUUAAUCAUUUUACCGUUGUUCACAUUAUACCAAUACAUUGUGUCUGAGAUUUGUAAGGACCCAGUUAAAUCUAUUGAAGGAAGAAUCUUCAAGAUUAAAGUCCUUACAGAUAUAGGAUUUUUUACGGAGGCCUUUCAUGAACUGUCUUUGCUUAACUGUGGAGAGAGAAUUCCAUGGAAAAUACCUGCAGGAUACAGAAUAAUUGAACAAAUGAUGGCCUUACAGAAAUUUGACUCCUCAGAAUCUCUCCUGACUGUUACAAAUUUACAGGUACUGGAAGACAUAUUUAAUCGGAGUCUGUCUUUAACAAUGGUGCCACUGUGCAACCAACAAAUAAUGAAUAAACUAACCUUAGCCAAAAUGCAUUUCAUUAUUUGCCUUUCUGCCACAAUAAACAAUAUACCUGAAAAAGUGGAAAAACACAUAUAUUCUGCUGAUAUCAACAAGCUGCAGGAGCCAAGCAAAAUUACAGCAUCAAAAGGUGAUGCUGGUAAGAAUUCUGAUAAGAAUUCAAGACAGCAGGAACAAAAAAGCACAAUGAUGCGGCUCGUUGACUGUAAAGGUGAAUUAAAUAUGGCCAUGCUGAAGGGGAUUUUACUGACAGAAGCUGAAGAAAGUCUUAGCCAUCUUGUGCAGAACAUACAGGACAAAUAUGAUGGGGAGGUAUCUCAGUGUUCUGCUGAAGAUUUAGAGGUUCUUCUGGAGGCCAAACUUGAGCUUGCCACUAUUUCUCAGCAAUGGCAUCAAGCAGCUUUCAGUGCUGCUUUGGCUUUUUCUGCAAUUCAACUUCUUCAAGAUGCAGAAAUUUUCCGGAUGGAAGGGACACAUUUUAAAGAAGAAAAGGAUGAAAGACAGUGUUUGGACUCUUACAUCAAAGAUGUUCGACUGCCUCACUGUGUAACAGCACAAGAUCAUAUAAAUAUACAUCUGUGGCUAAGAUGUCAUACAACAUUAGUGACUGCACUAGUAGCACAGAUAUGUGGUGUUGGUGAUAUGGAAGAAAAUUAUGUGUCUGAACGCAGAAGUGUGCUAAAAGAAGUAAUACUAGAGGCAGAAGCCUUUGGUGAUAUUGAGACUCAGGCUGAAAUGAUGGUGCAAGCUGCUAUUCUUGACCUGCAAGAAAAACGUCCCAUGGCAGACAUCAAACUUCUUUUGGAGAUUUUUGUUUGCGGAGAACCCAUUGAACAGCAAAUAGAUGACAGUACCAUGACUUGCCUGGUCCUACCUACAAAAAAUAUCUACUUGCCACAGAUGAACUUGCUAGCCCAAGUCAAAAUGAGAAUCGGACACACAUUAGCUGAAAAAGUAGCUUGUACACCUGCGAGAGGAGAUCCACUGCAAUGGCUAGGUGCUCUCAAACAUUUAGAAUCAGCAUUGAAGCUUUGCAGAGCAUCUGCAACAAAAAGAAUAGAUCUGGAAGCUGAACUUCUUUUUCAGAUAGGUAAGGUAGAAUGCCAGAUAACUGAAGCAAGCAAUAACAAGUCAUCUCGAGCUGUUGAAAGCCUGAUGGAAGCUAUAAAACUCAGCCAGCAACAUGAUCAAAAAUUUGAGCUAAUAAGAAGAUCAUACCUUGAAAUAGCACUAUUAUAUUUGCAUUUUGCCACAAAUAAUGAGGAUAUGUCACAGACAGAUAAGAUGGUGCCUUCCAAGUCAAACACCUCUUCUGGAGAACUCUCUUCUCCUGGGGAGUCUCCAAAAUCAGAAAGAUACAAAGUACAAGCCUGGAUUGCAGUAAGAGCAGCUACACAGGUCAGUGAAGCUGUGCUUGAUUCUCAGCUAUUAAUUGGAAUGAAGAGUGUUAAAGAACACAGCAUGAAGGAUGCAGUGCAGCAGAAAAUCCCAGAAUUUGCUUCCAUGGAUCUUCUUGCUUCAUACAGAGAUUUUUUGUCCGAUGGAUACAGUGUUGUCUCUGAAAGUCCCAAAGCAUUUUCUACUGAAACCGAACAAAUCAUAGAAGAUCAGCAGAGACAAAGUGAAGGAACAGAAAGUCUUGCCACCAAGGCCAGACAGAAGAAAGAGACAAUAACAUGGAUUCACUUAAUUCGCUACCACAAUUAUUUAAAAAGACUUUAUAACACAAAUCUUCUAUUUGCUGCCCCUGACUCAAGACCUGGAUCUUUUUCUGCAAGAGACGGACACCUUAGUUCUGUUUUUGACACCGGGAUUGUUCUACGCAUAGCAGAAAUGCAUUCCUUUCUUAAAGAACAUUUGGUUCAUUAUUCAGUGUGUUGUCUUGAGAAUUUCCCAGAAGAGUUACGUGAUGUAGAAUUGCCACUUGAUAGGCCAGCUGAUUCUUCAAAGGUGUCUCUUGAAAUUAUUGGAACUACAUCAAAGAUGUCACGGGUGGGAACAGCUUCUCCAGUUUCUGUCAUCGCAGAAGCAGAGUGUCAGAUGGAGAGGAGGGCAGCAAAUGCUUCAAAGAAGGAAAUUAACAUUCAGUGGUACAUUCCUUCUCUGGCAAAGCCAUCCAAUGAUACAGAGACCAAGAUUCACGAUGACUUUAAGACCUUCACUCUGCUAAGUUGUGGAGAGUUGGUUUUGCUGCUUUAUGCUUAUAAUACAGAGCCUGUCAAGAUUAGUGAUGUCAAGAAUUUCAGUUCAAUGUCUGUAUUUUCAGGCUACUUGUGCAUUCCAUUGUCUAGAAUUAUUUGUUUACGGAGGGAAUUAUCUAAUCUGAAGCAGCAAAUUGAAGUGCUGAUGCAGAGUUCUAAAAGCUCAGCUUCAGAACCUACAUGUUUCCUUGAACAAAGUGAAACUUUGGAUAUAACUCCUUCAAAACCCCUCGAAACGAAUUUUGCAAAAGUGCAUCUUGAUGAAAAAACAGAA